AUGCAGUGUGGUCGAUAUUUCGGUGGCUGGAAGCGCUUCUGUCAACAGCAGAAUAAAAAGCGACAAAUCAGUAAGAUGAACGUUGUGAACAAGUUAAAGCGGGUAUGGAAACUCUGGCAGGUGUUUAGAGUGUCCUCUAUCAACAUGGAGACAAGCAGCGACAUGUAUUCGCUUACGACGUGA